AUGUCUAAAUCACUUCUUCGGUCGAUGUCGCCCACAACCGAGGUCCGAUCGUCCGCCGCUCGCGACCAGAACUCGUCGGUCGAUGCCGCCUCCAACCGAGUCAAGGUGAACGGCGAGACCCCGCCUCCGCCAUCCACAACCGAUGGGCUGUUGCAAGCCGUUGCGAGUUCGAGGUCUGAUCGCUGCGAGAUGGGCCGCCGCCGGUGUAAGAGACACAAGAGAUGGGCUGUCGUGAGCCGCCGCGAGUUCAGGGUCAGGGUGCCUCGCUACUAUCAGAACGUCCCCCGCCACUCACGAGCAAAAUCCUUCGGUCGAUGCCGCCGACAGUUGAGGUCCGCCGCCACCAGCAGAUUUGGUGCAAGGCAUGAAGGAGAUGAACACUCUCCGAAUUUUUAA